AAUUUGUUUCCCAAUUUCAUCCCCCUCGUCGUACGAACUCCUCUCCCUUCAAUUCUGUACUACACCUUCUUUUUUCCCUCAUAUAAAUUACAAAUGGCUUCUUCUUCCCCUCAAUUUCAAUCCCAAUGGCCCGUUCUCUCCUCCUCUUUUCCCUCCUCUUCCUCCUCCUCUCCUCCGCCGCCGCCCACGGUGGCUCCCACGACGACGGCGACGGCGACGCCCCCACCGCCGCCGACCAGGCCCCCAACCUCCGCUCCAAGCCGCUCCUCCUUGUCAAAAUCGGCUGCCUCAUUCUGAUCUUCGUCGGGACCUUCAUCCCCGGAAUCUCCCCCUACUUCUUCAAAUGGAACGACGGAUUCCUCGUCCUCGGGACUCAGUUCGCCGGCGGCGUCUUCCUCGGCACUGCGAUGAUGCAUUUCCUCAGCGACGCGAAUGAGACGUUCGGCGAUUUGACUGAUCGGCAGUAUCCGUUCGCGUUCAUGCUCGCUUGCGCAGGGUUUCUGAUGACCAUGGCCGCCGAUUGUGUGAUCUCGCAUUUGUACCGGAAACAGACCGGCGAUUCCUCGAUUGGUGGCUACGGCGGUGACCUAGAACUUCGAGGAGCUGCAACGUCACCCCCAAAGUUUCAGGGCCAAAAUGGCAGCAGCAGCCAUCACCCCAGCCCAGCUCUCACAUCAAUGGGUUCCUUUGGAGACAGCAUUCUCCUAAUUGUUGCACUCUGCUUCCACUCCAUCUUCGAAGGCAUCGCCAUCGGCGUCGCAGAGACCGAAGCCGAUGCCUGGAGAGCCCUGUGGACGAUCUCCCUCCACAAGGUCUUCGCAGCCAUUGCCAUGGGCAUCGCGCUCCUCCGCAUGAUCCCAGACCGCCCCUUCCUGUCAACUGUCGCCUACGCCUUCGCCUUUGCCAUCUCGAGCCCGAUCGGCGUGGGUAUAGGGAUCAUAAUCGACGCCACGACACAAGGGGCGGUUGCAGAUUGGAUCUUUGCCAUCUCCAUGGGGCUGGCCUGUGGAGUGUUCAUUUAUGUGUCAGUAAACCACUUGCUCUCAAAGGGAUACACACCCAGAGAGGCAGUUUUGGUUGACAAUCAAAAUUACAAGUUUGUGGCAGUUCUUUUAGGUAUUGGGGUAAUAGCUGUUGUCAUGAUUUGGGAUACUUGAUGAACACAACUAUUAAUGGAGAAUUCCAAUGUCCAUUGUAGAUCAUAGCUUAGUUUUAAUGUGAAGUUAGAUUUUUUCUUUUUUUCUUUUUUAGCCAAGUUUCAUUUGAUUUCUAUGUGUUAUUGUGUGUAAGCUGGCCACUGAGAUGACGAAACAUUUACUCAAAACAUUUUAAUAUGAAAAGCAAAUAUUUAGAGAUGAGUUAUAUUCUAUUUUUGGACGUGAAA